AUGACUGUUGAGUCGCCUUCGUCGGCAGCUGCCGUGACAGAGACUCAUGGAGCAACAAUACCUUUCGAAAGCAGCAAUGAUGUCAUCAGAGAGGGGGCGCCACCGAGUGAUGCAGCAGACGACGCGCUUGCCAGAGAGGAUGAAAACCACACCGGAACAGAGAUAAACCAUGCGGUAGCCAGUACGGCGUUAGAGGCACAGGCAAGCAGCGCCGUGGAGUUGCUCGCGACCAACGCGAAGCCGGUCGAUUACAAUCAUCAACCACAGCACAGUCAGACACAGGAACACCUUGCUCCUGACAUACCUGAGGGGAUUUUAUUGUUGGGGCCGGAGGCCACGGAACAGCCGGAUUACGCAAAGACUUCGGGUCCAGACGCGGGGCAAGAGUCAGAUGGCGAAGGAGCCGCGAGUAGCCUUGCUUCUGCCGCCUCACCGAGCGAGUCCGGGACUGCUGGGUGUGAAGAGCUCCCGUCUGCGACGACGGGACCGAGCGACGAAAAGCAGCUAGAAGAGCAGAAUUUCAGCAAUGACGACGGUGUGGAUUCGUGCAGGCAUAAGGAGGUAGCUCUUUUCGACAAAGACGACGGCGGAGGCUCGCCGUCUGAGGGGCCAUGUUAUCGUGAAAGUGUCGCCGGCGACUCUGAAACGCAGUCUCCUGCCAUCGAGGGUGAAGAGGACAACUCUCCGGCACAGAACGACGUUUCUGCAGCUCGGAAUCGAUGCGAUAACGCCAGAGAGGUAUCAGCAGGCGCGGAUAGUAUGGGUACGAAGCAGAGUCCCGCAUCUGGCAACGGCGACUCCGCCCGCUUGACACAUAUCACAUCGUCGGAUGGUGUGGAGGAAAUGCAUCCUCUGCAACCACCCACCAGGCACGAUCUGCAAACGUCGUGUGGCUGUGCCAGUCCUGAGGCGGAGGCUGCAACAGCGGGGAAGGACAGCGUUCAAUGUUGCGGUGGAGGCGAUGAAAACCUCCGAGGUUUCUUGCUAGUUUCUGGCGACGCGCAACACCUUGUGGAGGGCGCUAUCUCGAGCAGCCUCGCUGCAUUCGCGCGGGACAAGUUGCACCAACCUGAACUUCCUGUCGAGACGAAUGUACCCGGUGGGGCGAACGCGUUGAGGAAAACACCGCCGAUGGGACAGGAAGUUAACAGCAAGGAAGUUACACGUCCGUUGCCCACCGAUUCUCAACAGGACGAGCCCGUGCCGUCUCCAGAUUCAUCGUUGUGCAAACCUCUCCUCGUUGAAGUCACCGAAGAUUUAAUUUCUCGCGUUUGCGAAGAAGUGGCGGCAAAGGUGGCAGCUGCGGCAGCGGAGGCGUCCACGGACGUGGCGGUGCCGGAGGUGGCGACAACCGCGGGAAGCUUGGACUUGAUGAUACAGCCUGAGGUUGACUUCCCGAGUGACAGUCCGUCAGCAUCCGAAGGCAUGCCUGCCGAUGGCGCUAUCAAGCCGCUAGGUGGAGCUCGGCCGGACUUUGGUCAGUUGUCGUUGGGAAGCAAAUCACCAACGAAACAGGCGGAAGCUAUGGACGACGAUCGAAAGUCGGCCGGUGUACACACGGCGGAAGUAUCGGGGGCAACAGGGGACGACCAGGAAAAAGCGACUGCACCGACCACCCCAGCGCCGGCAAAUAAUACGCCGCCGCGGCUUCAUUCUUUCUCCUCCCUCCACGGUACGGUUGUGGAAGAGUACGCGCUGCACGAGAUACCCAAAAUACUGGCUGCAGAGGUGGUUAAUGCUGCCAUUGCUGCCGUUAUUCCUAUUUCGUCGAGCGCGUGCGAGCCUGCGGGUGUCACGACCGCACCUUCUCCGAGUGAAUCGGGAGCAAAGACCGGCACGGAGGCCGCCAUCAAAACCGACAGCCUCACAGCCGUCCAGGAUCCCGCUUCCGACCUAGCGGCAAGCUCGACCAUCGUCGAGCAGGAUUCAGCGGAGGCGUGUCUGGACGGCGGAGGCGACCUAGUUGGUAGUGUCGAAGACAGUCUCGCAGUCGGCCAGGACUCCUGUUCCGACCUAGUCCUAGAGGCACGCUCGACCAUCGUCGAGCAGGAAUCGGUGGAAGAGAGAGAAGCGCGUCCGGACGAUGGAGACGAUGUAGUUCGUAUCGUCGAAGAAAACCCUUGCGGCGAUGGAUCACGCUCACCGACACCGCCGAGCGCUCGCGAGGGAGAAGGGACGAGCACCAUUGACCCAAAGCCUGAGCGGGAGGCGCCUUCCCGCGAGGGAUCGACUGUUGGUGACCGCCAGCCUCGUCACGAUUCUCGGUCCGCAGAGGCGCUUAUCUAUCUGACUGAGGCGGGGUCGCGAGCCAAGUCUCGCCAGCAGAGGUCUAAGGAAACUCGCGUCGACGCGUCCUCUUGGCUUCGAGACGCGGGGGGCAGGGCGCUUGCCGCCCAAGGAGAAGGGGAGGCGGAGGGUUUGCAACAUGCGGUAGUAGCAGUGUACGUGACAACAGCUCUACAAAGGAUUGUAGCAGAAGAGGUGGUCGCAGUUGCUGGCAUUGCCCCCGUUUCGCCGAGCACAUGUGCGCCUGCAACUACGACCGGAGACCAGACGACACCCCGUGUACCUCCCACGCUCGAUACGGGGACACCCGAAGGAGACCGGUUCAGCAACACCGGGCCGGAACUUGAUUCUGAGGCGCCAUGCUUCGUGCGUUCUGCAGCUGAUGGUGACCAAUCCCCUGCUCCUGGAAACGUAGACGCCUCGACUUGCUUGGCAGAGGAUGGGUCGGGAGCAAAGCGCCUCCGGGAGAACGUUGGGGACAACCGUGUGGACCCUUCUCCGUGGCUCCGAGACACGGGAGGCAGGACCAACUCCCUGCAAAGCGUCGACCAGGCCGCUCUUUUGGAACGUGCGGUCGUGACAGACUAUCUCUCGGGCGCGCUGACCAGGGCUGUAGAGGCAGAGGCGGCGACUGCGGGCGCUGCCGCGCAUGCCUCGUCUUCGGAACCUUCUAACGGUGGCAUGAUGGGAAAAGACCAGGCUACACCUGGUGCGCCAUAUCCGCGUGGUGACACGGAAGACGCCGUUAACGGAGCGGAGAUUGAUACCAAGGCCGACGACGAAAUAUCAAGCGGCGAGGAUCCUGGUCCCGAACUAGCGAUGCACUGCCCUGUUGACGAGGCAACAGCAACGGGCGAGCACGAAUCCCCAGACCACGGAGACACCUCCCCCAACGACGGAGACGACCAAAGUGAUAAGGCCACAAAAAAUGGCUCCGACGUCCUCCAACUACCAACACCGCUUUGCACCCCAGAGGAAGAAGGGUCGAGUGCCGACAAGUCCGAGAUUAAGCCGGAGGUUCCCUCGAACGCGGUUCUUACAGCUGACGCCGGCGGAUCCCCUGCUCCUCGGCCCACGGAGGCUUUGGCCUACCUGACAGAAGCAGGGGAGCGGGCAAAGAGUCUCCAGGAGGGCUCUGAGAAAGCUCGCCUGGAUGCUUCUCUAUGGCUCCGAGACACGGCGGGCAAGGCGCUGUCUCGGCAAGCUGUCGCGACAGCUGAUCCGUCGACGGAAACGCCACCUGGCACCGUGGCGGCAAAGUUGGCAGCCGCUGCCGCCGCGGCCUCGUCUCCGUCGACGGCGUGUUCGCCACCGACUGAUGCCACGGUAGAUGCGCAGAGCGUCCAGGCGGCGAGUACGUUGUCUCCUGCGUGUAACCCGGGGUCGCCCGAGAAACAAGAAAGGAUCAGCGACGCCGACCAGGAACCUGGGCAGGAGAAGCCAUCUGGCGUGGUUUCAGCCACUGUUGGUGCCGUUCAGUCCCCUUCUCGUGGAUCCACGGAGGGCCUGACUUGCCUGGAGGAGGGCGGGGAGCGAGAAAUGGAAAGCUCCGAAGGCAGGGGCGUCGAUGGUUCUUCUUUUGUCCGCGACACGGAGGGCAGGACGCCUUCGAUUGAAAACAAAAAGCAGGCCGCGCGUGCUGAAUGCGUGGCCGUGGAGGAGGACUUGUCGGAGACGUUGGCUAAGGAUGUAGGAGUGGAGGUGGCGGCCACUACCUCCGCCACAGCUGCCCCGUCAACACCUGGGGUAUCUGCCCCUGCAAGCGCCGGGAAAGACAAGGCGACGCUCGGUGAUUCUGCCCCCCGCGACCCGGGGGCGGGAGACGUGGCUGAAAAUGCCGUCGAGGCAGAAGAUGUCACCACCACGGUACGUCAAGACUCCGAGUCCGCCCUGCGCCUCUCCAUCGUUGAGGCUUUGGCGGUGGUCGGGCAGGGGUCGGCAGGGCAGAGAGAAGUUUCCGAAAAAGGAAGCCAGUGUGUUAUCGACACGAGUCGCGAACGCCCGGGCUCACCGACGCCGCCAGGCACCCCGGAGGAAGAGACGUCUCGUACGAGCAGCCUGGGGCUUGAUCCGGAGGUGGUGUUCAACCCGGACACCGAUCCUGCUGACCGCGGCCAGCCCCCUCUUCCUCAGCCCGCUGAUUCCUGCUCGGCUUGCCCGGCAGAGGUAAGGUUGCGAGGAAAAGCCUUGCGGGAAGCUUCGGAGUGGCUCUUCCUUGCCGGGGGCAGGGCGAAGUCCGCUCAAGAUCGCGCAGAGAGGGCCCGCGAGGAAGCCUCUUCGUGGCUCCGAGACACGGGAGGUCGGGCAGUCUCCCUGCAGGACAGAGCGGAUGGCGUGCGUUCAGGUGCUGUCGCCUGGCUUGCCGCGAGGGGGGCGUCCGAGCUCGAGCGAAUGGUCCUGACCAAACGGCGUGUAGAAGACGCAACAGCGCAAGCAUCAGCAGCUGAAGUAAAGGGGGAGGAAAACGGCCAAGGGACCGGCGAGUGCAAGAACUUGCAAGGGCCACCCACGCAAGAUGGAAGCCGGCGUGGAUCACCCUCUGUGAGUAGUCCAUCACAACCGCAGAAACCUUCUGCGGCCGCCGCUGAAGCCGAAGAAGUCGUCGCAGGGGCUGCCGACCAAGAGACCACCCGGGAAGCACCAUCCCACAACGCCGAGGAAACCGUAAGGGCAAAAGAAUACCUCCCCACCGUUGGCAAGGACGACCGUGCUGAAAACAUCAACAACACCAGCACUCCCUCGCCGGCCCAGGAUCAAACCCUCAACCCUGCGGAAAGCGCCGCCGCCGCCGCCGCCGCCGCUGCCGCCAUCACAACAACAAACAACGCCGCCGUGGAUCCCACGGCCGAAGUCACCAUUGCGCGCACGGCUUCAAGCGAUCGGACUGCUCCAGUACCCUGGCAAGAGCCGGUGACCACGCCACUUGAUCGAGGGGGCUCGUUUGCCCCGACCGCGGCGGGUCCGAUGGAUCUUGGCCGCAUGCUGUACGCGGGCGAGAAGGAAUGGUCCAGGGUUUCCCUCUCGCGGACUCCCCCGUUCGACGCUCUCAACAGCCCGAGCCUCCCGCAACGCUACGCUCCCGUUCGCGGGCGACGUCGACCAUUGCCGCCGGAAGCCAAGGCGGAGGCGGUCGCCGGGGUGGGGGCGGGAGUUGGGCCCAACGCGGAAGGGCCGGGGUGGUUCUUUGCACCCCCGGACCAGAUGGCGCCCAAGGGGGACGCGUACCGGGGGAGCGACAGCUUCCACAGCGCCGAGGCCAACGCCAGCACGACGGUCCGCGGGGACACCUCCGGGAGCUUCGUCAGCCCUUUGCAGGGCGGGAGCGGCGGAACGGACGAUAGUCGGAGGCCGAGGCAACGACACAACGGCGGCAGCGGCGGCGACCACGCGUCAACGCGAUGUUUCGACGGUGGUGGUGGUGGUGGUGGAGCUUGGGAAGAGACCACCUUGGUCGAUGGCCUCAGCGACGCGAUCAACCCUGCGCGGCAGGCGCAGUGCCGGAUGAUGAACCGGGCGGCAGCGGCGGGGGAAGAGGGAAAGGCACACCUUGGACGGCGGUGGGAAGAAACGGGGACCCCGUCAUUUGGUUCGCGGAACACCCGAGGGAGCGGGAAUAGGUGGCAUAAGAAGGUCGAGCAGUCGCGGCAGUACCUGCGAAUGUGGGAGGUUUUUCUCAGCCGGGCCCACCGGCACUUCGACGGGGAGGCGGACGUUCGCAAGCGAAUGUCCGUGAUUCGUCGAGCCCACCCGGACGUGAGCAACGAGGUCGCUUUCGUCGCGCUAGCGCAGUCCCGCGGCCGGUCGUCGGAGGCGGCCGCCGUGCUUCACCUGCCUCGGGCCAAGGACGAGGCCGCCCUGGUCGCCAUGAUGCUCAACGUGACCGCUUUCAUCGGCCUCGCGCGGGAGGCCGCUGAGAGGCGGCGACGGUCGCGGCAGCUCGAGCAUCAGCGCCGCCGGAUGGAGACGGUAGCGGGAGGAGCGGCGAAACGUCGAGCCCAUCACCACCAGGGCAAGGGAGAGCAUCGGCAGCCGUCAUGGCGCCAGCAUGAGCAUCAGCAGGAGGAGCGGUACUGUCAUCCCGAAUAUCACCGGCGAGAUGGUACUGAGGACCAACAGCGUCUCAACAACUACAUGUGCGAGCAGCAGCAGAGGCGGCAGAAGCAGGGAGAAGAACAGCGGAGCGGACACGAAUGGGCGAUAAAUGAUGCGUCGACAGGCGUAAUCGGCGACGCAGCAGAAAACAGUUGGCAUUCACAGCGCAACAAACAGGAUUAUGGUGCAGAACCAAUUUCAGCAGGGGGGGAUGCUGGUCGGAGUCGGGGCGAAGCACAGAGCCAGAGAUCAGACUCCGCUCCAUCGCUGCUGCCGCCCAUCGAGGGGUGGCUGACGGAGGGCACGCCGCCGUCCCCGAGCUCCUUGAAGACGGUGCUUUCGACUUCGACGAGCGUGGCUGUCGGGGUGCCAAGCGGGUUCGGCUUGGCAUCGGUGGCGGGGGUGGCGUCGAAGCGAGAGGGGGGGAACAUCGUUCGAGUCCGCGGCUCAAAGAGCACGAGAAGGGAGCUGAGGGCCAUGCUGCGCGCUCGCGCUCGGUGGCAGAGUCAACGGAUGGCGGAGAUGGCGACGCCGGGCACGGAGCAGCGCCAACAGGACGGUUUGGGGGGGUCUGGUCUAGACGCGCUCGCGGAGCGGUUUCUUCGUGAGACCGACACGCUCGAUCGCGACAGCAAACAUCUCAACAUCCGCCUUCGAGGACGUCAGAAAGUCAAGCGAGGCAGGGGGUUGGAGAUGAAAGCCUGUGUGGGGCCACUAGGGCGCACGGUGAAGAAGUAAGUGAUGGGGUAUUUCUUCGCAGUGUAUCCCCAAAUAACGUAGGAUACCGCUUGGAUUUACUUUGUCGUUCCGUGCAAGAUUGGGAGGAGCAAACGUACUACAUGUAUUGUAUUUAUUAGUUCGUUCACACCGCCCGGGAUCUUACUGGUGAUAAGAUCGACUCCGAAUGCCUCCCUCCAUGUACUACAACGACAAACAAAGUCAUACCUAUAGUUGAGAAUAUUUUGUCAGCUGGAUAUUGAAUAACGUUCGUCACCCACGCGGCACAACCUGGAGCAGCAGUUAGUUGGGGAUGGAUGUAGAGUCAGCUUUUUUGUUUCUUGUAGGGGAGAUGGACUUGUCGUACAGAGUUCCCGCCGAUCAGGGCUGACUGAUGUCUGCACCAAGAGGGAUGUUGCAAGAUGAAAGUCUAAUUGAUUGAUUCUGUAGACCAUGGGUGGGGUUGAUAGCGUAAGCCAAAUAAUUGUACUUACCGUGAAAUACUUCACGACGGCAUGGAUUAAUUUUGAUGAUUCACAGGCCUUGAAAACCAUCUAUCUUCACACAAGGGUGGAACUCGACGUAGCAAUAUCCAUUGCUGUAGAACUGCAAAGAUGUUGAUGGUUUUGCAUGCAAGUCCGUUGUGAGAGUGGCUUGUUCUGUGUAUGUGUUUGCUCUGCGCCCAUUUUCAGACCCCGAGGACGAGAGUUAGCUUUUGUACAGCUGCUACGGCAAGCAGAAACAAACACCUUGCUGCCUGAUCUACGUGGCUGAAAAUGUUAUAUACGACACCGGUGUCGUACUUCCUUAUAUACGACACGUACCAUUUCUUGGCCCACAGGGCUCCAAUCGGCGUACAACAAAAUGCGCUGUGUAGCCACGGCCCGCAGCUAUCAGCCCAUACCAUUUUGGGUCAAAUCGGCCAAGUGGUUGCGGAGAAAGAGCCGAAAAUAGGGGGCUCCGCAACUUACCGGGGGGGUGUCAGCGACGUUCCGGUCAUAACUCCUUGCACAGACAUCGCCUGAUCGCACGUAAACUCGCGAUGAGU